CUGCCCGCCCGCAGCCUGCCGAGCCCCCCGCGGGCCGCCGGAGCGGGGAGGGAAGAAGGAGGGGGGGGCCAAAGAAAAGAGUGACGAGGGGAAAGCAAUUCUAAUUUUUUUUUUUUUUAAAGGAAAGAUUUAAAGGGAAUUUGGAAAGGGGGAACAAAAUUAAAGGAGAGAAAAAAGUUUAAAAGUUAAAGGAAAGGAGGGAAAAACUUUGAAGAGAAAAAUUCAAGAGGGAGCUAGUUUUUAUUUUUAAUUUUUUUUUUAAGAGGAGGAAAAAAAAUAAUUGAGGGAGAGAAAAAAAUAGUAAUUGCGAAGGGCUUGAUCCGGGAGAACAAUACUCGCCGGGAAAGUUGCUGCGCGGCGGGGAGGGAGCGGCGGGAGGAAAAUGCCGCAGCUGGGCAGCGGCGGCGGGGACGACCUGGGCGCCACGGACGAGAUGCUGGCCUUCAAGGACGAGGGCGAGCAGGAGGAGAAGAUCCCUGAGAACGCCUUCACCGAGCGCGACCUGGCCGACCUCAAGUCCUCGCUGGUGAACGAGUCCGAAGGCAGCGGCAGCCCGGCCGCCGCCGCCGCCGAUCCCGAGGCCCUCCGGCGAGUGCAGGAUCCGCAGAGGGUGUACCAGGAGAAGCUCCCGGACCACAUGGAUGAUGCAGGUAUGAAACAUCAGGACCCAGGGAUGUAUAAAGGAUCUGCCUAUUCUGGUUACCCUUUCCUGAUGCUCUCAGAUCCGUAUCUGCCCAAUGGAUCUAUGUCACCUCUGUCCAACAAAGUUCCCGUGGUGCAGCCGUCGCACGGAGUGCACCCUCUCACCCCGCUCAUCCCCUACAGCAACGAGCACUUCAGCCACGGCUCCCACUCCCCCCACCUGCCUGCUGACAUCAACCAGAAACAAGGAGUGCACCGUCCUUCCCAGACCUCAGACAUCCCUGGUUUCUACCCCCUGCCCCCCGGAGGAGUGGGGCAGAUCACGCCGUCGAUGGGAUGGCAGAGCCAGUCUGUCUAUCCGCUCCCGUCAUGUGGAUUUAGACAGCCGUACUCGUCAGCGCUUUCUGCUGGGGCUUCUUUCUCCAGGUUCACUCACCCGCUGAUGCUGGGCUCUGGCAUGCACACCACCGGCAUCCCGCACCCCGCCAUCGUGCCCCACUCCAGCAAGCAAGAGAUGGAGCACUACGACCGAAACAUGAAACCUCAACCAGAACCAAAGAGAGAGAAGGAAGCCAAGAAGCCCACUAUUAAGAAGCCCCUGAACGCUUUCAUGUUGUAUAUGAAAGAAAUGCGGGCGAAAGUCAUCGCCGAGUGCACCCUGAAAGAGAGUGCUGCCAUCAACCAGAUCUUGGGCAGGAGGUGGCACGCACUGUCCCGGGAGGAACAAGCCAAGUACUAUGAACUGGCUCGCAAGGAACGGCAGCUCCACAUGCAGCUCUACCCCGGCUGGUCUGCCAGAGACAACUACGGGAAGAAGAAGAGACGAACACGGGAAAAGCAGCAAGAUUCCAGCUCAGAUCCUGCCUCUCCUAAGAAAUGCAGAGCUCGCUUUGGCCUCAACCAACAAACGGACUGGUGCGGCCCGUGCAGGUGUGUAUCGGCAUCUCCUCCUCGCUGCUGGGUGUUCCUGGGACAGGGGUUCAGCUCCACGUGUCCUCCUGCAGCCAUCCCGGCACCAGGCAGGGAUGGGCUGUGCUCUGGGCAUCUUCAGGAGUUCUCUGUGCUGCAAGGACAGGCUGUACUCUGGGGUUUUUAUCCCUCCCAGGUCAGUGUUGGUUUAGUGCUGCACAUAUUCCUCAGCUGGUAGAUUUCCUUGGUCUUAAAA